AUGGCUGGAGGUCACGGGAAAUGCAGCAAGAUCCGUCACAUUGUGAGGCUGAGACAGAUGCUUCGAAGGUGGCGUGACCAAGCGCGGAUGUCUUCUUUCAGCCGCAGUGUACCGUCGGAUGUACCGUCAGGACACGUGGCGGUCUACGUGGGGAGCAGCUGCAGGAGAUUUGUGGUGCGCGCGACGUAUCUGAACCAUCCUGUCUUAUGGAAUCUUUUGGUUCAGGCUGAGGAAGAGUUCGGUUUCGUUAACCAAGGUGCUUUGGUUUUCCCUUGUGAAGAAUCGGUUUUCGAGGAAUCGAUUCGGUUUAUUUCCCGGUCAAGAGGGUUUACUUGUCCUGAUGAUGUCAAGAAGAACUGCCACGUGGGAAUUAGAAGCGAGAGAUGGAUUGAAUCACGGCCGUUACUUAACGGCGUCUCUGAGAAAGCAUUAUGGUGAUCAUUUUUUACUGCGACGUACAGAGUAAAUAGAUAAUAAAAAAAAAGAGCCGAGUGUACUCGAUGUGGUAACAGACAAUGUACUGAAAGCAGCUUGACUCCGUAUUGGUGAGCUGAGCUGAGUUAGCCGUGGUGAUGAGUCAUUCUACGGAGUUGUUCCCGUGUCUGAGAACGAGUUCAAGGAAGUAUUAGGAAAUAUAUAAUCAGGGGAAAUGUGAUUUUU